GCACCUCCCUCAACAAAACCGAAGACUGCCUCAGCCUCAGCUCAUGACUCCUAAUUUACUCAUAAACUAAUGAGAUUUUCUAUCUCUUCCUCACUCACUCUCUCAUGACUCCUCUUUUCUUCUUUCUUUCUCCCUCUUUUCCUCAGUCCCCCUAAAGCGCAUACACACACACAGAUAUACAGUCUCGAUAAGGCUCUUCCACAAUUCUCUGCUCCGCUCUCUCUCCGUCUCAGAUUCCCUCUCGUCCGUUUCAGCUUCUCCAUAUGUUACUUGGGUCUUAUUGUCUUCUGAAGCUUGUAGCUUAUGGCUGGUCUGAAAUUGUAUGGAUAGAGAGGGGAAGAGAGAUGCAUGGUUAUGAGUGUUGAGUUUUUGCCUUUUGGAUUUGCGAAAAUCGCGCCAUGUUUUGCUUUCGUCGGAGCUUGAUAAUAGUUAAGGAAAAAUAGAAAAGAUUUUCCUUUUGGUUUUGCUCUUGAGGAUUUUGGAAGUGGGCAUGGUGGGCAAGGAAGAUGCGCCGUCCGGUGGUUCAAGGGCUCCUUGCCAAUCUUCCUCCUCCUCCCGGAAGAUGUUCUGGCGGUCGGCGUCGUGGUCGGCCUCGCGGUCUUCUCUGCACAACCCGGAGAACGAUGAGAAGGAACUCACAGAUCCGAACAAUGGCGGAAUUGGGAACGGCAAUGGUCAAAACCGUCGGUUCCCCGCCCCUUUGACCCCUCGCUCCCAGCAGAAUUGCAAGGGCAGGUCGUGUUUGCCGCCGUUGCAGCCGCUGUCGAUUGCUCGCCGCAGCUUGGACGAGUGGCCCAAAGCGAGUUCGGACGAUAUUGGGGAGUGGCCGCAGCCUCCUACGCCGAGCGGGAGAGGAUGUGGGGAGAGGCUCAAGCUUGAUCUAUCGUCGAUUCAGCGGAACCACCCGGAUAAGAAUGGCGGGCUUGUGAGGAGGGAUAAGAUUGCUUUCUUUGACAAAGAGUGCUCGAAAGUCGCGGAACACAUAUACCUUGGUGGGGAUGCUGUAGCGAGGGAUAGGGAGAUACUUAAGCAGAAUGGCAUCACGCACAUACUGAAUUGUGUUGGUUUUGUAUGUCCCGAGUACUUCAAGGCUGAUUUUGUGUAUAGAACUUUGUGGUUGCAAGAUAGUCCGUCUGAAGAUAUUACCAGCAUUUUGUAUGAUGUUUUUGACUAUUUUGAAGAUGUUAGGGAACAACGUGGGAGGGUUUUUGUUCACUGUUGCCAAGGGGUGUCCCGGUCCACAUCUUUGGUGAUUGCUUAUCUCAUGUGGAGAGAAGGGCAGAGUUUUGAUGAUGCAUUUCAGUAUGUGAAAGCGGCCAGAGGCAUAGCUGAUCCGAAUAUGGGGUUCGCUUGUCAGUUAUUGCAGUGUCAAAAGAGGGUCCACGCAUUCCCUCUCAGCCCGAGUUCUCUGUUGAGGAUGUACAGGCUUGCUCCCCACUCACCGUAUGAUCCGCUGCAUCUUGUUCCAAAAAUGUUGAAUGAUCCUUCGCCGGCUGCUCUGGAUUCUAGAGGCGCAUUUAUCGUUCAUAUCCCUUCAGCCAUAUAUGUUUGGAUUGGUAAGAGCUGUGAAGCAAUCAUGGAAAGGGAUGCAAGAGGGGCUGUUUGUCAGAUUGUUCGGUAUGAGAGAGUGCAAGGACCAAUAACAGUGUUCAAGGAAGGGGAUGAACCGGCUUGCUUUUGGGAUGCUUUUUCAAACCUUUUACCCUUGAUGGAUAAGUCUGGCAAUGGCAAAGAGGUUAGGGAAUCAAUAGUUAAGAUUUGCCCAGGUGAAAGGAAAGUGGAUUCCUAUAAUGUUGAUUUUGAGAUUUUCCAGAAAGCUAUUAUGGGUGGUUUUGUACCACCAUUUGCAUCGUCGGAGAAUGAGCAUGAAACUCACCUUCCUGCUAGAGAAAGCAGCUGGAGUGUGCUAAGGCGAAAGUUUGCCUCUGGCAAUAUGAAGGAUUUCGUCUAUGCGCCACGAAUAUCCCUCUCCAGAGUCUACUCUGAUUCUAUGAUGUUAGUGCAUUUAUCCAAGAAUUCAUCACCGCCUUUGUCAUCGUCAUCUUCGUUGUCAUCGGCGUCAUCAUCCUUUUCGUCUUCUCCUCCUUACCUCUCUCCGGAUUCCAUCUCUUCUGAACCAAGCACUAGUUCGAAGUAUUCAGAAUCUUCUUGUGAUUCCCCUUCUGCAGCUUCAGGUUCUUUUAUCUCUUCAGUGUCAUCUAGUUUUUCCAAUUUAUCUCUGCGCUCAUUGAAAUCUUUAUCUCAACCAACACCCGAAAGUCCAGAAACAGGCUGUGCCAGUUUUUCUUCUCAGUCAAAUUCAUUGUCAUUUAAAAAGCCCUUGCCUUCGCUUGCAGAGCGGAGAGGUAGCUUGUCAAAAUCUCUUAAGUUGCCAGUGUUGGCUGAUAAGAUGAGGAUCACCCCUGUCUUUUCAAGUUUUCCUGUCAAUCAAGGAGAAGGUCCCAACACAAGCAACAGUAGUUGCUUCUUAGCAGAUAAUAUUGACAAUGGCUUAAAGUCCAAGGAUGGUGUUGAAAAUGGGGGCAGGGAAUCAUCACUACAAUGCAAGAUAUUUCCUGCUAGGAAUACUAGUGUUAACACAAGCCAAGCUAAAGCUGCUUUUGUCAAACAUUGUGGUGACGCUUGGAGAGAAGGCCAAGAAUCCUCUGUCCCAAAUGGAUUAGAGGAAAGCGGUUCGUCAGGACGCGAUGUUACUUCUCAGUCAAAUUCAUUGCCCUUGCCUUCGCUUACUCCUGUAGUAUGUCGCUGGCCCAGUUUGGAAACGGUCACAAAAGUUGGGGUGAAUGACCUGGAUUCUAAAGCUGCUUUUGCUAUUUUGUCUCCAAAUACAGGUUUAGGCAAAAAUGAGGAGAGGAUUUUGUAUGUUUGGAUAGGAAGAGCUGCUGACCGUGGUAAAUGUCAGAUUCGGUUAGAUAGUGGCAAAGAGUUAGAUGUUCUAGAAGAGCUUGACUGGAAUCAAGUUGGUUCCGAUGUGCUUACCCAAUUGGGUCUUCCGGAAAACACUACCAUUAAGAUUGUCAGAGAAGAUGAAGAACCGGCAGAAUUCCUUGCAUUACUGAAUCUGUUAUAGCGCUUAUGUAGUUGAGGAGACAUUCUGUGACCCAGGAGCUUAGACCAAUUUUUCUUCUUCAACUGGCUUAAUUUUGACCUGUGAUUUGUUUCAGGCAUCAAUAUUAACUUUCAUAGUUAGAACCAGUAAGGAGGCUGCUUUCCAAGUGCGUUGUGGCUAGUCAACUGGUUGUACAGUGCUGUAAAACUCUAACUGACGUCGUUGUCCUCUAGACUGAAUUUGUAUAUUCACUGAUACUAGAAUUAAAUCUUUAGUUUCUUUUUCCGGCAAAGCACAGAUUAAUUGGAUACUUACUAAAUGUUAGUCUCAACUUUCUCAUCAACACACGCGAUACUCUUUCUUCUCUUUAUCAUAUUCUAUAUGCCCGUUUGAUUGAUGAU